CCCUUCUGUGAUUGGCUGAACGAAAUUUAAAAGUAUUUUCAACGACUCCAUGACAUUUGAGCGCCAGAAAGGCUGAGUGAAGUUCGGCGAGCGGAAGCAAACACACAAUAAUACAUCGAACACAAAGCUAAAGGAGUCAUGGCUUCACACAACCUGAGUGGAAUCAAACGAGAUGAAAAGGGGAGAAACAUCCAAGUAGUCGUCAGAUGCAGACCGUUCAACACGAUGGAGCGCAAGUCCUCCCACAGCGUGGUUGACUGCGACCCAAACAGGAAGGAAGUGAUCAUGAGGACAGGAGGCGUUGUGGACAAGGCAUCCAGGAAGACGUACACCUUUGAUAUGGUUUUCGGACCAGCCGCUAAGCAGAUCGAGGUGUACCGCAGCGUGGUGUGCCCCAUUCUGGAUGAGGUCAUCAUGGGCUACAAUUGCACCGUGUUUGCUUAUGGUCAAACCGGAACCGGGAAGACGUUCACCAUGGAAGGAGAGAGGAGUCCGGAUGAGCAGUUCACGUGGGAAGAGGAUCCUCUGGCCGGUAUCAUCCCUAGAACUCUCCACCAGAUCUUUGAGAAGCUCUCGGAGAACGGCAUGGAGUUCUCUGUUAAAGUGUCUCUGCUGGAGAUCUACAACGAGGAGCUCUUUGACCUGCUCAGCCCCAGCGAGGACGUCAACGAGAGGCUGCAGCUCUUUGACGACCCGCGGAACAAGCGCGGCGUGGUGGUCAAAGGUCUGGAGGAGGUGACGGUUCACAACAAAGAUGAGGUUUAUCUCAUCCUGGAGAGAGGAGCCGCCAAGAGGAGGACUGCCUCCACGCUCAUGAACGCAUACUCCAGUCGCUCCCACUCUGUGUUCUCGGUCACCAUCCACAUGAAGGAGAUGACGCUGGACGGCGAGGAGCUGGUGAAGAUUGGAAAGCUCAACCUGGUGGACUUGGCCGGCAGUGAGAACAUCGGGCGGUCAGGUGCUGUGGACAAACGGGCCCGAGAGGCGGGGAACAUCAACCAGUCUCUGCUGACUCUGGGUCGCGUCAUCACCGCACUGGUGGAGAAACGACCGCACAUCCCGUACAGAGAGUCCAAGUUGACCAGAAUCCUGCAGGACUCCCUGGGAGGACGCACCAAGACCUCCAUCAUUGCCACCGUGUCGCCCUCCUCCAGCAACCUCGAGGAGACUCUGAGCACGUUGGAGUACGCCAGCAGGGCAAAGAACAUCAUGAACAAGCCUGAGGUGAACCAGAAGCUCACCAAGAGGACGCUCAUCAAGGAAUACACGGAGGAGAUUGAGCGCCUGAAGCGCGACCUGGCCGCCACUCGGGACAAAAACGGCGUGUACCUGUCAUCCGAGAACUACACGAGCAUGAUGGGACAGAUCAGCACGCACGAGGAACACAUAGCAGAGUACACCGAGCGCAUCGCCGCCAUGGAGGAGGAGCUCAAAAAGGUGACCGAGCUGUUCAUGGACGGCAAAAGCAAGCUGGACCAGUGCGCCGCCGAGCUGGAUGACAAACAACAAAGGCUGGACGACGCCAGCAGGGACCUGCAGCGGACCAGAGAGAAGCUGGCUCAGGAGGAGUUCAUCAGCGCCGAGCUGCACUCGGCCCAGGAGAACCUCCACAGCGCCGCCACGCAGCUGCUGAGCACAGCGGACGCCAGCACCGGCGACGUCUCGGGUCUGCACGCCAAGCUGGACAGGAAGAAACUGGUGGAGCAGCACAACGAGCGGGCGCAGCUGAGCUUCGCCGAGCGCAUGGCUGCGACCUUCGACGGCGUGCAGCGCUGCGUGGAGCGCCAAGGCGCCGAACACGCCCGCAUCCUCAGCGACUGCUCUCAGGCCAUCGGCAACAUCGUGGACCUCAACACGGCCGCCCUGACGUCGACUGUGAGCGGCGUGGAGAAGCUGAUGGGCGGAGUCGGGAGGCUGGUGGAUGACGGCGUGGCGCGGUGUCGGGAACGGGUGAUUCAGCACCGGACGCAGGGCGAGCGCAGCACGCAGUCUGUGAUGGAGCUCCUGGAGGAGCACCAACGGGACAUGGAGGUUCUCCAGGGUCAGACUCUGACUGGUCUUUCCGCACUGAAAGAGCUCAUCGCCUCCCUUCGGAGCAGCAUGGAGGAGGUGCAGCGGGCUGUGACUGACAAGGUGGAGGCUUUUAAAGAGACGGGCCAAGUCUUCUCCAGCUUGGUGCGGGAGAUGGCGGAUCUGGGCGAGGCCGUCGUGCAGAGUGUGAACGCCGUUCAAGCCGAUCGGGACCGGCUAGAGGAGGAGAUCGGAAAAGCUCAGAUGGUAAGAGAAGAAUUCUGUGAGUCGCCGCCGCCAUAUCGACUUAUUCUUCUGCUUCAGAGCGACGAGCAGAGCAUCCAGCAACUGCAGGAGCAGCUCAACCAGCUGAAGAUGAUCAGGCACCAGCGCUACGAGAACCUGCGCUCGUCCUCCAGAGCCCUGAAGACUCCUCUUCAGAACAUUCAGGAGAACCUAAGCAGCGACUGCAGCUCCAGGAUGAAACGAGCCUCCACUCACGAGGACCUUCUCUCCUCCACCGCCUCCUCUCUGAUCUCCUCGCUGCAUCUCCACGUGGACCAGAGCCAACGCAUGCUGGAGGAGGCCCGCGGUUGCUGCGCUCACCUUCAGCAGCCUGUGUCAGCUCAACUCCAACAAGACCUGGACUGGAGCUCCAGACUCAAGGAGCGUAUCCAAAAAGGAGCCCAGGAAGAGCGCUCCCUGGUUGGGAAAAUGUGCGCAGACGCUGAGGAGCUCGGUCAGAGCUUGAAGAUGUACAGCACCGAGCAGCUCCACACGAUGGAGGCGGAGCUAUCGCGGCAGCACGAGGAAGCGAAGGAAGCCCUUACGGUGCUGCAGAAGAAGACAUCCUCGGACGGCGCCGCACUGGACCGGCAUCAGGCUGACAUCCUGGUCCAGGUGGAGGCCAGUCAACGAAUGCUCGGCACGUUCCUGCAGGAGGAGCUGCAGCAUGACGUUCCCACAGGUAUGACGCCUCAGCGGCGGGAAUUUGUUUACCCCCGCAAUGUGGCCAAGUCCUGGACCCGCGCUGAGCUGCUGGAGAGUCUGAGGAUGCAACAGGAAGAGCUGAGGGCGGCCUCCGCGGAGGAGGAGGAGCCGGAAGACGAGGAGGACGGCAAACACCAGGUGGAGCAUGACUCCCUGGAGGGGGAAGUGAGCAACGAAAGCGCGGUCACCGAGGGCUCCUCCGUUGACGAGAACCUUGUUUUCAACGAGAGCAAACGCGUUCCCUUCUUCAAGAAAAAGAGGGGCGGAAAGAAGGAGGCGAAGGCGUCUGGCAAGCAAGGCAAAGCAUCCGACGACGCCAUGUCCCCCGCGCUCAAGUCCAGACUUCCACUCCGCUGUAUGAACUAAGCACAUGCUGGUUUAUUUGUUUUUUUUUAAACCUGUCUCUUUCUUUUAAAAUUUAAUAAUCAUACUUUAGAAUCAUAUAUAUGUUCGUAGUUGUACCUUUUUUAUCUGUGUAAUAAAAAACAUUUUUACUUA